AUUCUCAGCCGCACAUGGUACUUGUUGUGUUUAUGUUCGUCGCGUGUUGUUAAUCGCAUAUUCGGCGGUUUUCAUUCUCUUGCUAUAAUUUUACCUAUUGUUAAACAAUGAAAUUCACUUACAAGUUCAACAACUUACUCGGUUCAGUGUACCGCAAAGGUACUUUGCUGUUCACUCCGGAUGGUAAUUCGGUCAUCAGCCCCGUUGGCAACCGAAUCACAAUAUUCGACCUUAAAAACAACAAAUCGGAAACACUUUCGCUGGAAAGCCAAUACAACUACAAUGCGGUGGAUCUGUCUCCGAACGGAUGCAUUCUUGUGGCCGUGAAUGAAGUUGGCGAAGCGCAAAUGAUCAGCAUGAUUUCACGCACCGUCAUUCAUCGGUAUAAGUUCAGAAGUGCAGUAAAACAUCUGCGCUUCAGCCCAGAUGGUCGCUUCUUUGCUGCCUGUGUGCAUAAUGCCAUAAUCAUAUUCCGCACCCCAGGGGAACUGAGUGGAACAUUCAACUCGUUUGUCAUUCAACGAGCGUUUGAGAUUGCCUAUGACGAGACCACAUUCAUCGAUUGGUGUUGCAAUUCCAAAAUUUUAGCCGUUGGGUCGAAGGACAACACAGUUCGCGUUCAGGGGGUGGAGUUUUUGGACAAUUUCAGACCCUUCAUUCUUGGUGGACACCGAGACUCUAUCGUAGGAUGUUUUUUCGAAGAUAAAUCCUUGGAUGUGAACACUAUAAGCAGGGACGGUUCGCUGAUGAUAUGGGAAUGCAACACUGAUGUGGAGGAUAUUUCGUCUGGGUACAAGAAGGUUGGGAAUGAACAUGAAGUUGUAAAGAAAAGUAGACAAAGUGAAGAUGACCUAGAAGAGGAUCUUGCAGUCGACAAAGAUUUUGAAGCUUCAGAGAAAACAACGGACAAAGUCGUAGAGCAUAUUCAAGGUGCCUUCAACAAGGAUGAAGAUCGAGACGAGGCGGGUAAAUUGAUAGUGAAGAAAUCGAAGAAGAUAUUCACGUACAAACGCCUCGCUCGCCAUUACAUUGCCGAUGAAGCCCGAAAAGAGAACCCGAAAGCAGUUCUGACAGCUGCGGCGUAUCACCAGAAACAUAAAAUUUUGAUAACAGCCUUUUCCACGGGUGUAUUCUAUCUUCACGAACUACCAGACGUUAGCAUGAUUCAUUCGCUGAGUAUCUCCGAAUUCGGUAUCGAUUCGGUGACGUUCAACAACACUGGGGAUUGGAUCGCUUUAGGUGUGUCGCAAGUUGGACAGUUGCUGGUCUGGGAAUGGCAGAGUGAGCAGUACGUAAUGAAACAGCAAGGACACUCCACCGGAUUAAAUUGUGUCACAUAUUCACCCGAUGGACAAUUGUUAGCUACUGGUGGUCUGGACGGUAAAGUGAAAUUGUGGAGCAUUACCAACGGGUUCUGCUUUGUCACCUUCAACGAGCAUUCAAGCUCAGUGACAGCGGUUGAAUUUAGCGGCAAUAAGAAAUUUUUCGUCAGUGCUUCUCUGGAUGGAACUGUUCGUGCGUACGACAUCGUGCGGUAUAGAAAUUUCCGAACAUUUACCUCGCCUGAGCCGGUCCAAUUCGCCUCCGUGGCGGUGGAUCAAUCCGGAGAACUGGUCGCUGCUGGAGGUCAAGAUGUGUUCGAAAUUUAUCUAUGGUCAAUGAAACUCGGAAGAUUGUUAGAGGUUCUAAGUGGUCACGAAGGUCCCGUUGUUACAUUGGCAUUCUCAACAGUGGCGUCUUCAUCUGCUAUGGUGUCCGGUUCGUGGGAUAAAUCGAUUCGAGUAUGGGAUUGUCUAGAGUCUUCUGGAGCCCACGAAACGAUUGACGUUGCAUCGGAUGUAGUUUGUGUAGCAUUCAAACCAAAUGGCGAAGAGGUUGCCGUUUCCUCACUGAAUGGAAACAUUUCGAUAUUCCACGUAAAGACUGCUCAACAGUUAGCUACGAUUGAAGGCCGAAACGAUAUGGGAGGCACCGUGUCGGAUGUUGAUUUGAACACUGCAGAGAAAAAUUUGCAGGGAAGAGCUUUCACUUCCAUUUGUUACUCGGCCGAUGGCGAAUGUAUUUUGGCAGGCGGCAAGUCCAAAUACGUCUGUAUUUAUAAUGUCAAGGAGGCAAUUUUAUUGAAAAAAUUCCAAAUCACACAAAACCGAAGUUUGGAUGAAAUGGAUGAAUUCAUCAAUCGCAAAAAUAUAACCGAAUUCGGUAAUAUGGCACUGAUAGAAGAACGUGAACAGCUGGAAGGGGGAAAUGUUUCAAUCAAGCUUCCGGGUGUGAAACGUGGAGAUCUGGCAGCUCGAAACCAGAAGCCGGAGGUGAGCGUUUACGCGGUGCGAUUCUCUCCGAGUGGUCAAUCUUGGGCAGCUGCUUCCACCGAAGGGCUACUGAUAUACUCUUUGAACAAAGGAAUUGUUUUCGACCCGUAUCAGCUCUCGGUUGAAAUCACUCCCAAAGCCACGAAGGAACUUCUAAAGAAAAAAGACUACUCCGGAGCUCUUAUAAUGGCUCUGAAACUCAAUGAAAGCAAUCUUAUCCAGGAGAUAAUCGAAAAUAUACCGCACAGCGAUGUGGAACUGAUAGUCCACUCGCUGUCCGAUGAAUUUGCUCAUCGCACACUGAAGUUCGUUUCUAAGAUAAUUGCGUCUAGUCCCCACAUCGAGUUCUAUCUGAAUUGGUCCAACACGCUGCUGACUCGCCUGGGACAACGGGAUAAUGUAUUAACACAGCAGACAUUAGUUCUGCUGCAUCAGAACCUGAACAGAAAGUAUGAGGCGUUAAACAAAAUAUGCGAUUUCAACAAAUAUACGAUUCAAGUUCUUAAAAAUAUGUCACUAAGGAAGGACGAAGAAAACAGACAAUCUGCAAUGUCGGCGGAUGAGGACGAUGCAAGCGAUAAUGAACUGAGGCUGAUCAACGGUAACGGAGCCAAAGGUGAUAACAGCGAUACGGAUAGUGAACUAAAUGAUGAUGAAUCAGAGGAAUAAAUGUUAACAUUUUAAUACGUUACAUGACAUUAUUUUCAGUAAAGGCAAGACGAG